AUGGCCAGGUAUGAAGGGGAAGGGAGCCUGAAGCAGCUGAAGACCCCUGAGGCUGCUGAACCACAUGUGUUGCGGGAGGCCUCCCAGCCGCGGCCAGAGGCAGCUUUUCACAGCCCAAUGCCCAGCCCCAAACUUCAGAUGAUAACACCAGGAAACAUGAGUUUCCGGCGACUGUCCAAGAUGGAUCUCAGCAGGAGCCUAAGCAAGGGGAGCUGGGGACGCAGCUCUGGCAGUGCCCGGCUCUCCAUAGGCCCAGGCAGCAACAGGAGGAGGGGGCUGAAGGAGGUCCUUCUGCAGAGCAAUGGAGCUGAGGGUGCCAUGUGGCUGGCAGCAGCCCAGAAGAUUGUCAGCGGCAGCAGCCUGUCUGUGGGGGCACAGCCGGAGAAGGAGCAGCCACCGGAGCAGAGCCCUGAUGAGCUGGCCCUGGCCCUGGACCCUCUGGAGCACGAAUGGGUACUGACAGUGGCUCAGGGUGAGUCAGAGAGCAUCCUGCGGCUGCUGGACAUGGAUGGGAGCUUGCUGAGCAGGAGGGAUUUUGUAACGGGCUUCACAGCCCUCCACUGGCUGGCCAAGCACGGUCGCCAUGAGGACCUGAUCGAGGUGAUUUCCCAUGCACAAAUGAAGGGCUACCCUGUGGAUGUCAACAUACCUGCAGCCAGUGGUGGCCUGACCCCCCUGCACCUAGCUGCCUUGCAGGGGCAUGAGAUGGUCAUCAAGGUCUUGGUGGGUGCCUACGGAGCAGACACCAACCGGAGAGACCACAGCGGGCACAAGGCCUGGCAAUACCUGAAAGCUGACUCCUCCCAGGAGCUGAAGGAGCUCGCGGGAGCUUUGGAGGAGGACCUGGCCCAACUGGGGGCUUACAACACCAACAACAACUGCAAACCGUCCAAAGAGGGCUGUGCAGGGGCUGGAGACUGUGUGGACUCGGCGGCUGGUGGGGGAGGCCUGCUGUCCAGGCGACUGUCCUCCUUCCGGAGGUUGGUCAGGCAGGCAUUUGCUUUCUUCCAGGAGCGUUAA